AUGGGUUGGCGAUUUGGCGCAGACCACGGUGACGCGGCGGCGAUGCGGCGGCGGCACGGCAUCGGCACGGAGACGCGGCAGAGCGGAACGCGAGUGGCCCUUAUGCCCAUGUCGCAAGGGCCACAUUGCGCCGGCACUUGCGCAGCGUGCGUGCAGCCAGCCCCGGCGGCCGUCGCGCUCUCACCCGACCACACCAACCGAUCCGGUGGCCACUCUUCUUAUCGUCUCGACGUUCGUGCC